AUGGAUACAAAACACAUCAAGGAAAUUGAUUAUAUGAACGAAAUGCAAGAAAUUGUAGAUCGUUCGAAAAAUAUACUAAAAAUUACUACCAAUGAGAAUAAGGAACAAAGCAAAGAUUCGUACUGGGCGGAAGUUUUUGCGAAACAGUGUUCCAGUGCGAGUUCGGUUGUCCCUGCACCAGAAGAAAAAACUCAGGCGGCCAACGCAAGGGAUGAGUUGAAUCGAGAAACGCUCGAAGAUAACUCUGAAGAAAACCAUAGUUUCGAAGAAACUAUGGUAUGGUAUGGAGAAUCAGCUAGGAAAGAGGCGGAAUUGUUGGAAAUGCAAGAAAGGGAAAGGUACGAGGAAGAAGAGAGGCUAAAGUGGAUACGGGAGCAACGAGAACAAAACAGAAAAAGAGAGGAAAUGAGGAGACAUUUAAGAAGACAGGAAAGUUGUGACAGCAGAAGGGGUGAUGAGAGAAGAAGGAGUAGAAGUAGGAGUAGAAGUAGCAGUUAUAGAGUGGAUGAAAGAAGAGGAAGAAUGCGUGGACGAGGUAGAGGACGAGGAAAUGUACGGGGACGUGGUCACACGGGAAUAGAGGUCGCGGGCAAAUGGCGACAGGCACCCGGCAACAACAGGCUGGAACAGCAGUAG